UGUUAAAUAUUUUCUUCUUUUUUCUAGUUCGUUCUGAUUGUCGGGAACUCGCAUCUUCGUGCUGUCGUUGAUGCCAUCGUGCCGAUGCCAGAGGGCUGCCUGUCCUUUGCCAUCAGUGCGACUCCCGGAGGUUCUGCCCGUGACCUUCGGAUGCAGCUGGCGGCUAUGACGGCUAAGCACCUACCCAAAGAGCCCGCUUUGGUGUGUGUCAUGGCGCCGUGCAACAACCUCACGGCCAGCAGGACGGUUGACGAGGCUGCAGAGGAGUUUGGCCAACUCCUCAGGUAUGUCUGCGGCCGCUGGCCAAAGGUGUGUGUCGUGGAUUUCCCACCUCGCCUUGCUGGCAGCGUGGAAAUUCAGACCCUCCUUCGCCAGGAGUACCACCGUGUGUCAGCCCGCUUUCAGGUCAACUUUGUCCAGAUAGCCGACCACUUUCCCCGACACCGACGAGAGCUGUGGUGCAGGGAUGGCAUCCACCUGAGUGAUGACGCUGGGAUGGGAAUCCUUGUUCAGUUGCUGUGGCAGGCUUGCUACACGCAGCUAGAGGUCUCUUCCCCCGCUUCCUCUGUGGCGGCGCCCCGCCCUCGCACAUCCACCAGAAGGGUCUCGCCAAGAGUGGUUGUGACGGGACCGCUGCCCGUGCCACGACCACCCCCUCCUGAGUGGAUUCCCAUUGUGCGGGGCAGAAAGAACCAGCCUAGGGACUCGGCCUCCCCUGUGGGUCCCAAGGGGCGCCUGGUUCAACGGGAGGUGGAGACCGUCUUCUCCAUCCCCCUGUCGCCCGUCCUCUUCAGCCCUGCUAUGCUGGUCGAGAUGGAUGCGAGGUUUCCAUUUGGCCUGACCAGCUCUGUGGAGGACGUGGCCACCUUUCCUUCGGGAAAGAAGACGUCUCGGGCGAGGCGUCGCAAGGCUGCUUCCUCAAAGAAACGCCAGCCCAAGCGGCAGGUGGGGGCAGCGCCUGUGGUUGUGGAGGUGAGACCCGGCUCACCAUCCAGCUUCGUGCCUGCAGUGGAGAAGGACCAGGCGGAGGCAGUUGUGGUAGAGGUGACACCAGGAUCGUCCCCUACCAGCGUGGCCAUCCUGGAUUCGUUCCUGGAGGACCAGGCGGAGGCAGUUGUGGUGGAGGUGACACCAGGAACGUCCCCUACCAGCGUCGUCAUCCUGGAUACUUUCCUGGAGGACGAGUCCGGAGAUGUGGAAGUGACUCCAGGAACGUCACUUGCCAGUUCCAGGGACCAAAUGCAGAUGUUGAUGGAUGAGGCCAUGGACAUCAGCCCUCCUGUGACCCCGCCGCUGCCGCCUCUGACCUGUCCUCUUCUGACCUGUCAGCCUUCUUCUUCUGUGACCAGUCAGCCUUCUCUUCUCAGCCCUCCACCAGCUGUCCAAGAGGAGAGAGCUUCUGACAAAGAUAAGUCUUGUGCACAUGUUGUACCCGUCGGUAUUCCUUCUGUCGUUAGGGGUAGUUUUCAUCAGGGUGAUUUUAGGUUCGAGUAUGCAGGUGUACAGUGUAUGGCGAUAGCUUUGGUAGCUUUAGCUAAGCACUCGGUGUGUAAUGUGUUUUCAUGGGAUCAGAGGCAGUUAGAUUUGGUUUUGAAUCUUGGGGAUGCACUGUACACAGAUAGGCGGAAUCGGGGCUUGACUCAUGGGCGUGACUUGUUAAUUGCUUCAGACCUGCCACGUGAGUCAGUUAUAGAUGGGCAGCAGUUUAGCUUUUCUUUCAGUCAGCCAGUUAAUGGGGCUGCAAAUGUUGUUGAGCAUGAGUUUAUUGAGGUGGGCGCGUGGGUAACCUUAGAUGGUGCUUUAGAGCAAAUGUUGGCACAGUACAACACAUGUCUUAUGACACUCUGUGGUGCUGCUUGUGCCGUUAUUAAAGACAAUGGGCGGUAUGCUGUGGUGGACUCUCACUCGCGUAGUGCUGAAGGGUUGGUAGAUCCUGAUGGUAAAAGUGUGGUUAUGUAUUUUAGUCAUAUUGAUGAGCUGUAUAGUUUUUUUUGCACAUUGGCUGCAUGCUUUGGUGAUGACUCAGAGGAGUCUUUCAAAGGGUUUGAAUUGACUGGUGUUGAUGUUGUUGUUGCAGCUGAUUGUGUGAGGGGCUUAAAGUGCCAAGAGGCCGCAGAGGUUUCUUCUUCUGUACUCCCUGAUAAAAACCCAAAGCAGGACAUUGAAGUUGUUUCUGAUAGUGUGAGGGGCUUAAAGUGCCAAGAGGCCGCAGAAGUUUCUUCUUCUGUACUCCCUGACAAAAACACAAACCAGGACAGUGAAGUUGUGUUAGAUGUGCUCUUUACCAGUGUUCAAGACAAUGCCCUGUCCUUCAACCCCCUCAAUGAAUGUGUUUGUAAAGAUUUAUGUAAACACAUUAAGGCUGAGUUUCAGAAGCCCAGUGUAGCAGAUCCUAAAACUGUAGGGCCAUUAGGUGCACCAUGUCAAAAUGACAAAAUUGUUGCGGAUGGUAAUUGUUUCUUUCGGGCUGUGUCACAAGCCAUUAGUGGCACACAAAAAUACCAUAGAAAAAUUAGACUUGCAAUUGUGAAACAGCUUGAAAAAAAUCCUUCUAAAUACAACACCCUAUUGCGCGAUGGCCACUCGUCUGUGGACCAAUAUAUCAGUGUGUCAAACAUGCGUAAAGUUGGCACAUGGGCCACAGAAGUAGAAAUCCAUGCGGCCGCAGAUUAUUUAGGCGUCGACAUUUAUACAUUUUAUGAUGGACACUGGCUUAAAUAUGGUUGUACUACCAAGCCUGUAUCAAACAAUGGCAUCUACCUAGAGAAUAUCAACAAUUGUCAUUAUGAAAAUGUCAUUUGUGUCAAAAUGCCAAGUGCUAAUGAUUGUUAUGAAUGCUGCCGAGUCUAUCGAUUAUCAAUGGAGAGCUACAAUAUUAGGUCUAAAAAGGUAGCUCCCAAAUCACAGGUUAAUGUAGAUGAUCAAAUUCAUAUAAAAUCUAAAUUAUCAAAGUAUAUGCAAAAGAAAAAAAUAAAGCAUUUAAAAAGCAACUACAACACACAUCAUGAGACGAUCAAGGAAAAACAGCGGACACAUUAUAGACACCCACAUGUUAGAGAUGCCUUACAAAAAAGAGUUAAACAAAAAUAUAGAGAUGAUUUGGAGUAUAGAAAGAAAAAAAGGGCAGCAAUUAAUGUAGCAAAUAAACAGAAAUACAGAACCAGCAUGGAGUUUAGAGAACAUCUUAAAUCAACAUAUAAACCUGACAGCAUCCACAAAUAUAGAGUUAAUGUAAAUCAUCAAAAUAAACUUAAAGCUGACAGCAUCCACAAAUAUAGAGUUAAUCUAGAUCAUCAAAAUAAACUUAAAGCUGCUGGUAUCACGAAAUAUAAAGUUAAUAUAAAUUAUCAAAAUAAACUUAAAGCUGCCAGCAUCCAGAAAUACAAAGUUAAUAUAAAGCAUAAACAUAAUGUAAAGGCAGCCAGUAAACGUAAGUACAAAGCAAAUCCUCAACAUCAACAAAAAGUAAAAGCAUUUGGCAAACAAAAAUAUAAUAAUGAACAAUUUAAAAACAAAACUCGGGCAGCAUUCAGGAACAACCAAAAGCAAUUGAAACAAAAACGGGAAAAAUUCACUUAUGUUUGGGAACAAUUUUUAAAGGAAGAUCAAGAUGGUCCAGAGUACGUUUGCUGCGUGUGUUUAAAGCUAUUAUUUAGAAACCAGGUCUUGCCUUGUAGAAAGGAUGACUUUAUGGUUAAACCGAAAUGCGCGGAUGUAGCCAAUACCUGUAUCUCUGAGGCCUAUUUACAUACAUGUGAUAAUGAUUGUCCAGCUCCGUGCCCGCUCUCUGAUUGUAGAGGUAGUUUAUGGAUCUGCUACACAUGCAACUCUAAACUGUGUAAAGGUCAAAUGCCAUCAGAAUGCUCAGUGAAUAAUUUGCAAUUGGACGAUAUUCCACCUGAGCUCGCCUGCUUGAACACUAUUGAACAGCACAUAGUUGCUCUUAAUAUUAAUUUCAUGCAAGUUUUAGCUUUGCCAAAGGGGGGUCAGCGAGGGAUCCAUGGUCCGGUCACAUGUGUGCCUUCUAGAGUUACCGAGUCAGUGAAGCUAUUGCCGCGUAGUAACAUGGAUGGUUGUCUAUUACCAGUAAAACUUAAACGUAAACUUACAUAUAAAGGACAUUAUGAGUAUCAGUAUGUAGAUACAGAGCGCGUAAGGAGGGCCAUUGCAUUUCUCAAACAAAACAAUCAGUAUUAUUUAGACAUUGAUUUUAAUGAAGAGUGGGUAAAUGAAUUUGUUAGGGAAGAAGAAGCAGCUAUGGAUACGGGUGCAGACAUUAAUGAGCAGGCGGAAGAUUUGGAUGAUGAGCUUCUCCAUGAUAGACAGCGUCAUUGUAUGUAUCAGGAUACAUUUUUCAUGCCGGUUGAUAUUGCUCAGGAAGCUCUUGACCACUAUUUUGAAGGCAUUUUAAAUUUGGCUCCAGCUGAGGGGAAUAGUCCGGUUAGUCUGUUGUCCGAUAAAGACAAUGAGGCUAAAUGCUUUCCAAAGGAAUUUCCAUUUGGUCGUAAUACAUUUCAUAGUCCUCGGCCUGUUCCUUUGACCAUGUGCAGAUAUUUCAUUAACAGGCUGCUGCAUGUGGAUGGUAGAUUUGCUCAAAAUUUUAAGUUUCUUUUCUUGGCAUUGUAUAUGUUAGAAGUUCAACAGGUCGUGUCGAAAGUUUCGAUAGCGUUGCGAAAGGGACAUUCUGGUCAGGCCAAUGCUGCUGCAGGUGAAGGAACUUUAGAAAAUUUGUUACAGUAUGAUAAUGGUUAUCGUUUUAUGCAGCCUAUUAGAGGUACCCCGCCCUUCUGGCAGACUGCACAAAAAGAUUUAUUUGCGUGUAUCCGUCAGCUUGGUAUUCCAACGUGGUUUUGUUCAUUUAGUUCCGCAGAUCUCCGCUGGCCAAGCCUCCUUAAAACGCUCUUAAAGCAGGAAGGUAGUACCCGGCGUGUUGAAGAUUUAGAUUGGGCAGAGAGGUGUGACCUUUUACGUCGUCACCCUGUAACCGCGGCUCGCAUGUUUGACUCCCGUUGGCGGCAUUUUUUACGUAAAGUUAUUCUUUCCCCCGCUCAGCCAAUCGGUAAAGUCAUAGAUUAUUUUUAUCGCGUAGAAUUCCAACAGCGCGGGUCUCCCCACGUCCAUUGUUUAUUUUGGAUUGAAAAUGCUCCAAAGCUUGGAGUAAAUACAGAUGAGGAGGUAGUUCAGUUUGUUGACAAACAUGUUACGUGUGAACUACCCUCUGAUCCGGAUUUACUGGAAAAAGUUACUUCAGUGCAGUAGCAUUCUAAGCGUCACUCAAAAACAUGCAAAAAAAACAACAAAGUUUGUCGUUUUAAUUUUCCACGUCCGGUAUCUGCACGCACGUUUAUCAAACAAAAGGACCCUGAUUCAGAGCCUCUUGUUACAAAAGAGGAAGCGGAGUUUAUUAUGAGUGUGCUGAAGAAUGCUAUUGUUGAUGAAAAUAACCUGUGUCUUAGUGCUGAAGAGUUGUUUGCGUCGUUGGGUUUAUCACAGUUCACAUUUGAACAGGUGUACAGUGUUUUAGAUGGACACACACACAUAGUUUUAAAGAGGGACGUGGCGGAAACUUGGAUCAAUAACUACAACGAGAAAUUAUUAACCUGCUGGAACGCCAAUAUGGACAUCCAGUACGUUGUAGAUGCGUGGGCUUGUGUCGUUUACAUAAUUUCAUAUAUUUCUAAAGCAGAGAGAGACAUGGGUUUAUUGUUAAGUAAUGCACAAAAAGAAGCUUCUAAAGGUAAUGUAAGUGCAAAAGAGGCAUUUAAAAAAUUAGGCAGCGUUUAUCUUCAUAAUCGUGAUGUCUCUGCACAGGAAGCUGUCUACCGCGUGACAAGCAUGCACUUAAAGGAGUUUUCAAGAAAAGUUACAUUUGUACCGACUGGUGAUAAUAUAGUGCGUAUGAGCAAACCAAUUGGCGAAAUAGAUGAUGAAAUGGGGGAAGAUAUUUGGAUGACAAACACCAUUGAUCGUUAUCAAAGUAGACCAAACAACAGCACAUUUAAUGACAUGUGCAUCGCGACAUUCGUAUCCGAAUAUCGCUUGCUCGGGCCGUCGGACAAAUGUAAAAAUCCAAUUCUUUUACAGAACGGAUUAGGUGCAAUUACCAAAAGAACACGGACCAAGCCCGCAGUUGUUAGAUACGCGCGGUUUUCUGAGACUAAAAACACAGAGUUAUUUCAUCAAAGUAUUCUUCAGCUAUUCAUGCCGUAUCGUGUCGACACAGAUCUUAAGCCGCCUCCAUUUGAAACAUUUGAACUUUUUUAUAAAACUGGGGAUGUGUGUUUGAGUGACGGGUCUGUGCAAUUGGUUAAAUCGAUAGUUGAUUCAAAUAGGCGUCGCUUCGAACUUGCAGCUGAGGACUUGGAUGAGGUUCAUGAGCAGAUGGAAUCUGGAGAGAUUCAUGAGGAUGCAUGGGGCUUGCUCUGCCCAGAACAGGAAGUGGAGAGGUUGGAGUCGAGGGAGGAGUUCAGAGAGAUGUUGCAGGCUGUUGGUUCUGAGCAGGAGCAAGAGGCUAUUCCAGACUUGGCUGUAAGAAACGAACAAGUUUGUCACAUAGAGAAAAGAAAUGUGAUGAGUCGUCAAGAGGGUCUUUUACUUGUGAAAACUCUGAAUGAGCAACAGCUGUCCAUUUUUUACAAAAUACGGCAAUGGUGCUUGGAUAAAGUAGCUGGUAACAACCCAGACCCAUUGCAUGUUUUUAUCACAGGUGGAGCAGGCACAGGGAAAAGUCACCUGAUCAGAGCAAUUCAGUACGAGGCGUCGCGUCUAUUUGCUCCUAUUUGCCAUAGUCCGGAUAACGUUAGUGUUUUAUUAACGGCUCCAACAGGGAUAGCAGCAUAUAAUUUACAGGCGGCUACUAUCCACACAACAUUUAGUAUCGGUACUAAUGUUUCCCUCCCCUACACACCACUGGGGGAGGAAAAGAUUAAUACACUGCGCGUUAAAUACAUGGAUUUACAAAUUGUAAUUAUCGAUGAGAUAUCCAUGGUUGAUAAAAAAUUAUUUACUUAUAUUCAUGGGCGAUUGCGUCAAAUUAAACAGUCAGGUGACUUUUCUCCAUUUGGAAAUGUGUCUGUUAUCGCUGUUGGGGAUUUCUAUCAAUUAUCACCGGUCAUGGGUCAAGCUCUGUACAAAGAAAACAUAGGUGUUAAUUUAUUUACAGAUUUAUUCAAAAUUGCGGAGUUAACAAUUGUAGUCAGACAAAAAGAUAACAUGUUUGCAGAGCUAUUAAAUCGGCUUAGAGUCCGCUCAAGGUUGACACCACUGCUUGAUGGAGACAUAGAUAUAUUAAAACAUUGUGAAACAGGCGAAGAUCCCGACGUGUUACACAUUUUCACCAAAAACAGCUUUGUAUCAAAUUAUAAUUUAAAGAUAUUGAAUAGAGUUUGUCCAGAAAAGGUAACAAUCAGUGCGCGUGAUUUUGGCUAUGACAAAAAGACCGGGAAGUUAAUCGAGAUACAAGGCCAUCUCCAUAAAUCCAAACAAGCCAGUUUGGAGGAGUCAUUAAUCCUGGGUGUAAAUGCGCGUGUUAUGCUCUGUAAAAAUGUAGAUUUAGCUGACGGUUUAGUAAAUGGGGUAUGUGGUAUUGUAACACAUAUAGUUGAAAAUCCUCAAAAUAAACAGCCUCCUCUUGCAAUCUAUGUUAAAUUUGACGACGAUCGAGUAGGCGCACAGAGGAGGAGGCAAACACGUUCCCCUGCUCACCUGACUGGUUCUACCCGCAUAGAACCAGAGGAGGAGCAGGCGAAUAAACGAGGGGAAAAGCGGCGUCAGUUUCCUCUUAAACUCGCGUGGGCGUGUACGGUACAUAAAGUACAAGGCGUUACCGUAGAUCAAGCAGUGGUGUCCCUUAAACAAGUAUUCACAGCGGGUCAGGCGUAUGUGGCCCUUAGUCGCGUUAGAAGUUUAGAGGGUCUUGUUGUUCAGGACUUUGAUGAAGAUGCCAUUUAUUGUAACGAUGGCAUUAGAACGGCGCUUCAGAACAUGCCUCCCUUCAUAGUCGAGAGAAUGCCCUGGCACCUACAAGAGGCACAUGUCCUGACAUUCUUUUAUAUGAAUGUUCAUGGUUUAGAGCGGCAUGUGUCUGAUUUGGCUUUAUGCACACAGCACUGGCAGCCUAACUGUAUCGCUGUGGUAGAGACAUGGUUAACUGUAAAUUCAUCUUUUCAAACUAGUCACAUUGAAGGUUAUAACUUCCAUAGUCGUCCCCGUAGUUUAUCUUAUCAGCAGAGUAACCAUCCAGCACUGACUAGUUUACUACACCAACAGCACGGUGGCGUUGGUAUUUACUGUGAAGAAAAGCUUAACUAUGAAAUCACAGUACGAGAUUUUAGUUUAGAAUGUUUAGUGAAUUAUUUUGCAGAGUAUAAAAUUAUAGUUUCUGUUAUUUACCGUCCACCGUCAUACCCCAUGUCUCUAUUUAAGUAUAAUUUGGACAGAUUAUUGAAUUGGCUUGAAUCACAUUGUGCCACUGUGGCAGUGACGGGAGAUUUUAAUGAUGACAUAUUGAAAUCUUCAAAUCUCUGCAAUUUUAUGAUUGAAAAAGGUUAUGUUCAAUAUGUCACAUCUCCCACAACAGAGAGGGGGACAUUAAUCGAUCAUUUAUAUGUGAAAUCUACAGAGUAUGACAUAGAUUCUGUAGUGGUGCCAACGUACUUCAGCGACCAUGAAGGGAUAGUAUUUUCUUUCAAAUGUACAUCUACAUAG